AUGCAGGCUCACUCAGUCAUCCUUCUUGCCUUCGGAGUUCUCUUGCAAGGUGCUUCGCCAUUCACCUACUGCAAGGCAGCUCCUGGAGACUGUAACCGAAACAAGUGUGAGGAAGACAAGGCUAUGCACGAAGACCCGUUGAAAGUCUUCAAAGCUAGAUGCAAUGCCAACGCCAACACCUAUGACUGCUGCAGCGGCGACAUCUACUGCCCUUAA